GGGGCAGGGAGGCGGGGCCGCGCAGGCGCCGUGAGAGGCGGUAGCGGCGGCGGCGGCGGUGGUGGCGGUGGUGGCGGUAGCGGCGGCAGCUGUGAGGGGCUUCCGGGAAGAUGGUGCUGAUUAAGGAAUUCCGUGUUGUUUUACCAUGUUCUGUUCAGGAGUACCAGGUUGGGCAGCUUUACUCUGUUGCAGAAGCUAGUAAGAAUGAGACUGGUGGUGGAGAAGGAAUUGAAGUCCUGAAGAAUGAACCUUACGAGAAGGAUGGAGAAAAGGGACAGUACACACACAAAAUUUAUCACCUGAAGAGCAAAGUUCCUGCGUUCGUGAGGAUGAUUGCGCCCGAGGGCUCCUUGGUGUUUCACGAGAAGGCCUGGAACGCGUACCCCUACUGUAGAACAAUUGUAACGAAUGAAUAUAUGAAAGAUGAUUUCUUCAUUAAAAUUGAAACAUGGCACAAACCAGACUUGGGAACAUUAGAAAAUGUACACGGUUUAGAUCCGAACACAUGGAAAACGGUUGAAAUUGUCCAUAUAGAUAUUGCAGAUCGGAGUCAAGUUGAACCAGCAGACUACAAAGCUGAUGAAGACCCAGCGUUAUUCCAGUCAGUCAAGACCAAGAGAGGCCCUUUGGGACCCAACUGGAAGAAGGAGCUGGCAAGCAAUGCUGACUGCCCUCAGAUGUGUGCCUAUAAGCUGGUGACCAUCAAAUUCAAGUGGUGGGGACUGCAAAGCAAAGUAGAAAAUUUCAUUCAGAAGCAAGAAAAAAGGAUAUUUACAAACUUCCAUCGCCAACUUUUUUGUUGGAUUGACAAGUGGAUUGAUCUAACAAUGGAAGACAUUAGGAGAAUGGAAGAUGAAACUCAGAAAGAACUAGAAACGAUGCGUAAGAAGGGUUCCGUCCGAGGCACGUCGGCUGCUGAUGUCUAGAUGAGUCCCCUGUAGGGUCAGAGACAAUAAUCAAACUUUACGUAAUCAAGGUCAAGUGAGGGGAACAAGUGCAGCCAGUGAUGAGUGAAGAAGAAUCUGACCAGUAUCUUGCAGUGUUGACAGUUCCCAGGCCUGUGCGUGUAACUCUGUACUCACAGGCACAGGUCCCCAGCCACGUGUAUAUAUAUGUUGGUGUGUGUCUGUCUGUAGCUGUAUAUAAAGUGCAUGUAGAGCUGCAGACCCAGUACACACACUGUGUAUAUAUGUACAUACAGACAUACUGAAGGGAUUAGUACAAUUUCUCCGAAGUACUGUACCUAUCUUCAGCAAGAAUGCAAAAGAAAAUAUUUUCAAUAUAUAUACCUGGAACAGAUUUUAAUAAUUAUCAGAGUGAUACCAUAAAUGGACAGAUUGACUGCGAUGUAGUACUAGCUGGUAUGUUUCAUAAAUGUCACGUUGUUGUGGACCAAUAUGUAUAUAGCCUGUUCUCACUCUCCUGUUCUUUUAAAUCCGUCUCCUAUAAAGUUUUAUUUUAGUCCCAUAAGCAACAGACUCCCACAGAAAAAUUUAUUCAAAAUCUUUUGGUAUUCCAAUGAAUCUGGAAUAUAAACUUUGAAUGUAUUUAUAACGAUUUAUUUCUGAACAGUCAUUAUCUUGCAGUUCAAUUGGACAAUAGCUAUUAGUAAGGAGUACAGUUACAGGCCACUUUUUACUUGUUUGCCCUGAGGGAAAACACCCUUUUUAAAAAAAAUUUCAGGUUUUUAUUGGAUUUUUGUAUUUUAAAUUUCAAGUAUUUUUCUACAUCAGACCUAGCAAAAAUGGAGAUGGUGGUUUGUGAUUUAUAAUAAACACUAUACAAUUUUCAGGCUCCUGUUAGGCAAACAAAAAAAUUGGUGAAGAAAGGAAUAACAUCGUAGGCUGUUUAGCAAAACUGGAAGUACAGCACUUCAUGAGUCUCACUUUUGGUGAAACUACUGUUCUCUGAAAUCACAGCUUGGAAACUAUGCAAACGAUCUCCAUGCCUCACAGCUCACACGGUAGGAUAUAGCUAGUGAUGACAUGUUGCUCUUUUCGUGCUGAAACACACUUGAAGGGGGAGAUGCUGACUUUGAGACGGGAGAAUUUAAGGGGCAGCACGAGGCCUGGCUGCUCACAGACAGGGGGCCUUGCCGAGGGGCCAGCGCCUCUCUGCGCACUCUGAUGUGCUCUCCAGUAGGACGUCAUUGGGACGUAUCCUGAAUAAGCAGCGUGAAAAUGCCACUUAGAAGCUGCUGCCACCUUUCUUUCUUUCUUUAAGAAAGGAACAAUAGCUAGGUGAGAUUUUCCUCAGCUUUCUCUGUCCAAAUGCAGUGAUUCUCCCGUCAGUCCCGGAAGCUUGAGUAGAAGGAUACUGUUGAAGCCUUCAGGUCACAAACUGUCGUCUUUAACCUCUCGUCCUCCCCAACACGCCAGGCCCUGUAGUCACAUCACGUUAGUGAUCUGAUUUGCUGACAGUCCUGCCCUCCCUGCCCGUCGUCUUCCCACAUGUCCUGUGUCCCCACUGAAGUGAUGGCGGCGACUCAGACAAGGGUGUUCAGGAUCGCUCCUGCAGUGCGAGUCCCUGUGCUCCCCAGCUCCAGAGCCACAUCGCGUGCGUCCUCCGUGCUCUCAGGAUCGAGACCGAAGUUUACUCUCUGGGCACUGCUGUAAGAUAGGUUUUGUCAGCGCAUAAUCACUGUCUGCAACGUAUUUGAUGCGAGGAAGAUGAUUGCUAAUUUUGUGAAAUAAAGAGUCUAGCCCUCUCCUUUUAAUGAACUUAACUCUCACUGGCAUCUGUAGCAUCAUUGGGAGCUUGGGCGCACGUGGAAAUGAGAACCCGGCGCAUGGAUUUUAAUGUUUUUCUAACAACUGUGGAGAUUUGAGGGAAUGUGUGGUGAAUGUAAAAUAUCUAGUUUACUUGGCAGUCUCUUGUGUAAAUUACAGUAAAACAAAGUAAAUGAAAUUUAAACAAAAAAUAAAUUUGAUCACAAAAUGCCA